AUGUGUGGUAAAGCGUUUACAUAUGCAAAUAAACCAACAUUGGAUAGAAUCGAUAAUGAAAAACCGCAUACCAAAGAAAAUUGUCAGUUAAUGUGUUGUUAUUGCAAUGUCGUAAAAUCAAAUAAAGAUGAAGAUGUUCAACGUUUAAGAAUCAAUUUAAGAAAUUAUGCAUUAAAAAAUAAUUUACCAAUGACUUUAGAUUUGGUUGAAGCUUAUCACAUUCUCCGUAAUGGAAUUACUGGUGGUUUAUCAAAUGUUCAACAUCGUGUUAAUCUUAAAGGAAUCACGCACAUUAAUAAACUUUCAUAUAAUCCAGAAACUAAAACUGUAUCAAAUGAGGACACCACCAACAUCAUGACUCAUUUCGUUGGUGUUGAUUUUAAUUCAUUAUAUCCUUCAUCAUUUUCAUCUAAUCCUCAUGAUUUCAUUCAAUAUACUGACCAUAAAAUGUAUAUGCCGGGAAGAUUGAAUGGUGUUAUCAUUUGUGAUACAGCAACAAAGAAAGCAAAAGCAUUGGGAAUUAUUAGAAAGAAAAAUACUUUAUUCGUGGCUGAAGUAAAGGGUCACAUUGAUGAAAAAUACAUUAAUGAUUACAUAAACUUUUUACCGAUAAUAAGAAACUUAGAUAUUAUCACAGAUGAAAAAACAAUUGGCAGUUUUAUGUAUAAUUACAUGAAAUCAAACAAUCUACCAGUUGACCAGAAACAGAGAAAAUUAACUCAGUUAGCAUCAACACACAACCAAUAUCAACCAUUUUCAUCUUAUUAUCUUUGGUAUCUAAUAGACAGAUUUCAUUUUAUCAUUGAUGACAUUCAAUCAAUUUUAACAUUUACUAAAAACACUUGCUUUAAUGAAUUUGCGAACGAAUUUAUGAACGAAAGACAAAAGGCUGAAUUAGAAGGAAAUAAAGGAAAAAGUUUAUUUUGCAAGAUUUCACUUAAUGGAUCAUAUGGUUACGAUGCAAUGAAUACACAAAAUUACGCAAAGACUAAAAUAAUGAAUGCACAGAAGGCACGCGUUGCAUGUAUGUCAAAUAAGUUUAAAAACAUAAGAGAAAUAGGUGAAGAUACGUAUCAAAUGAUGCUCAAAGAUAGAUUUUAUAGAUAUGAAACAUGUUUACAAGAGGCAUUCUUUACUUUAGAUAAUGCUAAAUACUGGUAUUUGGUUUUCAUUUAUGAUUUUAUGUAUAAAUGCUUGAAUGUUAAUCGUUUUCAUUUCAUUGAAGGUGAUACUGAUUCAUCUUAUUGGGCUAUUGCUGGCGAUCCAAAUCUUCCUAACACUCAAGCAUUUCAGGCGAUUGUAACCAAUAAAAAAUUUUAUGAUAAAAACAUUUUCAAAUUCGCACCAUUUGAUUUCUUCUGUUUUGAUGAGAAAUUUAAACCUAAAUUAAAGAAUAAAGCUGAAGAAAAAGCACAUGAGAAGAAGUUAUUGGGUUUAGCAAUUGAGAAACAAGGCGAUAACAUGGUUGCUUUAUGCCCCAAGUGUUAUACAUCAUUCAACGGUUCAAUGGGUGGAAGUGAUUUUAAAAAGAUUGCACAAAAAAUGAAAGGUGUUAGUUUACGACAAAAUAAACAAUUAACACCUAAAAAUUAUUUGGAUAUAAUAAAUGAUAAAGUGAUAUUUGAUGGUCAGAAUAUUAAUUUACAACUUCAAAACGGGUCAAUGACUCGCUUAACAAUCGGUAAGACUGCAUUAACAGGAGCACACACUAAGGCUGUAUGUUGUGAAAAUGGAUGUUGUAUGCCAUUUAUUUAA